GCUGUAGACGUCAAUGCUCUUAUGGCUGAGUAUUUGGCAGCGUCUGUAACUUCGAUGAGCAGGAAAUUGUUUUCUCUUCAGCGUUUAGUUGAGCGCCUAGAGCAAUUGAGCGAUUGUUCUUGGAGGGGAUAUGCAAAAUAAGAAUUUCCAAUGGGCAGCAGACAUCCUUGGCAUGAUUUCCUGCUUCGAGUCUUAUGGCAUGGAGGCUCCACAUUCGAUGCCUGGUUAAACAUUUCAUCGGUCAAGAUGGCUUCACGGCUACUCACGAUGCCACAAUCAACUGCACAAAUGGGGCUACCCUCUGCCAUUGCUUAUCAACUGUUUCAGGGAGGAAUGGGAGCGUGGGUUCAACAUGUAAUCGGCAUUCUGUUUUUGAAAUACAGAUUGCACCAUCAGUCAGGUGCUUCAGACAGGACCAGGUUUACAACAACGACACAGCUUCAUGAAGUCAUUGGUGGGCACCUCGGCCCUCGAUGGAGAGCAGUCUCCUUUGUCUUAAACAUUGUCUGUGUCUUCUAUGUAUGCUCUCUCCAGCUUGUUGCUUGCAGCAAUAUUGUCUACAACCUCAACAGAACAUUGGACAAAAGGACUUGGACGUCUGUGUUUACUGCGGUUUUCUCUCUGACAAUCUUUAUUCCAAAUGCUCACAACUAUAGGAUCUGGUCUUUCCUUGGCGUCAUUACAACCACUUACGUUGCUGCAUAUUUGGUAGUAGCGACUCUAGCUCAUGAAAAGGUUGCAGGUGUAAAAUACACAACGCCUCACAGCUACGAGGAGUAUUUCACUGGUCUCUCCGGCUUGACAAUCCUUGGACAUGUUGUUGUCCCUGUAGAAAUUAUGGAUGCAAUGUGGAAGCCUCAAGAGUUUUCGAUGGCCAAUGCCUAUUCGGUGAUCUACAUUCUCUUGGUCACCAUGAUUCCAAGCAUCAGUAUGAACCGCAGAUUUGGGGACAUCCUCCUCAAGCACCCCAAUGCCCUGUCUUUGCUUCCGAGUUCCAAGUUCCGUGAUACCGCCAUAAUUCUCUUGCUGGUGCACCUGUUUAUCAACUUUGGAAUGUACUCCCUUGCCGUGUAUGCAAUGUGGGAGAAGCUACUGCGUGUGCACGACUCACCGAGCUAUGGCAAGAAGAUAUUAUCCAGAGUCCCAGUAUUCCUAGCCUUCUGGCUGACCGCUUUGGCAUUUCCGUUCUUUGGGAUCAUCAGCAAAAUUUUGGACGCCACUUUCAUUAUAUGGAACUUCUAUGUGAUUCCUUGCGCAGCUUACAACCUGGUGUUCUGGUCACGUACUGUGCAGCAACAGUCGAAGUCACUCUCAACUUUUGGCUGGGUGACAGAUUUCAGUUUGAAUCUUGGGGUCAUACUGUGGGUUGUUAUUGUGGAAUGCGGGCUGGCACUAUGGGGUGAUAUGGUUAGCCUUCUCAGCCUAAAAGACGACUUGCGCUUAUUUGCGAAGUGCUACAACUGCUGAGUUGAACCAACAUGGUGAACAGUCGACUCAGAACCAUCUUUCAGCAGCUUCCACUAACACGCCGUUUCAAAGUU